UUCACGGAGCUAACACCGUCUCUGCUGGCAGAGGAAGUGGACUGGUGGGGCUGUCUAUUUACCUUUUUCUGCGUCGCGGAGAGGCCGUAGAAUGACCCCAUAAAUGAUCAAAAUCUAAGCAUAAAAUAUAAACGGCAUCCGGUAUUUGUUGGACAUUUUAUGUAUGCGCGUAUUUAUAGAAACGAGAAAAAUACGCAGUGACCUUAACUUGCCGCAUUUGGAAGGAGAGGGGAGAGGGGUUCUUCCUUUCGUGUGUUAACGUUACUGUCUGCAUUGAUAUCUAAGCUUUCUUCCUAGGAAGCUAUACACAGUAGGUGCUGUUAUUUGAUACAGUAGCAGCGUUAGCAAGUUAAACCCCUCUUGUGAGAGGCAGUCAUGGCAACUAGGCGCCUGACCGAUGCCUUCUUAUUAAUGCGGAACAAUGCAAUCCAAAACCGGCAGAUUUUGGCUGAGCAAGUGAGUACAAACGACCCCCGUCGUGCUCUGAGUACACGUAGCAAUGCUGCGGAGCUGGAUGAGCUGGCCGAUGACCGGAUGGCCCUGGUAUCUGGGAUCAGUCUGGAUCCUGAGGCUGCGAUUGGAGUCACCAAACGGCUGCCGCCCAAGUGGGUGGAUGGGGUGAAUGAGAUUCAGUACGAGAUCACGCGGAUCCGGCAGAAGAUGAAGGAGCUGGCCAGCCUGCAUGAUAAGCACAUGAACCGACCCACACUGGAUGACAGCAGUGAGGAGGAGCAUGCCAUAGAGAUCACCACACAGGAGAUCACACAGAUGUUCCACCGCUGCCAGCGCUCGGUGACCAGCCUGCAGGCGCGGUGUGGCCACUGCACGCAGCAGGAGGACCGCCUGCUGAGGAACGUGGUGUCCUCCCUGGCCCAAAGCCUGCAGGACCUGUCCAUCAGCUUCCGCCACACGCAGUCCGGCUACCUGAAACGUAUGAAGAAUCGGGAGGAGAGAUCCAAGCACUUUUUUGACACGUCUGGCCCUCUUAUGGAGGAGGACGAAGACAUAGCACUAUAUGACAGGGGGUUCACAGAUGACCAGCUGGUGUUGGUUGAACAGAACACGGUCAUGGUGGAGGAGCGGGAGAGGGAGAUCCGACAGAUCGUUCAGUCCAUCUCUGACCUCAACGAGAUUUUCCGGGACCUGGCGGGAAUGGUGGUGGAACAGGGCACAGUACUGGACAGAAUUGACUUCAAUGUGGAGCAGGCCUGUGUGAAAACAGACGAGGGCCUAAAACAGUUACAGAAGGCGGAACAGUACCAGAAGAAGAACCGCAAGAUGCUGGUCAUUUUAAUCCUUUUUGUUACUAUUGUCGUCCUUAUACUUAUUCUGUUUGGGGUGAAGUUCAGGUAAUCCAGCUCUGUGCUUUCCCUGUGUGUGUGCACACAUUUUCAUGUACCUGUGUGUGUGUGUGUGUGUGUGUGUGUGUGUGUGUGUGUACAUGUGUAUGAGGGCCCAAUCUGUACUCCGAGUCAAAGCUGCCUUUGUUUGAAUGUAUGUGGAAUCAAACCACCCAACCGAACUAUCCGAAACCAGGUGGCACCCCGUCCUGCCGGCACCAUUGGCUUAAUGGGCCCUGGUUAUGUGUAUACGGUGCAUGAUCCCAAAGAGGGAGGAUGAGGAGAAGGAGGUGCUGUUCUGCCCCCCCCCCCCCCCAUACUGUACGCACACGAGAUACCUGCACACACCUGUCACUGCAUCCCUGUCCCUGACCAGUCUUUCCCUAUUCUGUGAACUGCCUGCUAUAAACCCGCCCCUAAAUCCCCCCACGGAGGAGAGUGGGUCAUGUGACUCGUUUACUGCCUGAGGACCAAGUUGUACAUAGCAUGACCCGUGUCCUUCCGCUCGGCAUUCUGGGUGGUAUCCCGCCCAACGUUCCCAUUCCCUGGAGUUGUGUUGGUGAGAGGAGAGGUGGGAGGGCUGGAGUGUGAGAGAGAAGAGCACUGCCAUCUCCAUCACCGCGACGGCGGCCUUGCACCGCUGAGUGAAGACUGACUCAAAGCAUCAUAGAGGGCUGGUGUCUGGGCCCCCUGCACGAUUUCGGUUACUCUGGAAUUGGGGCGUGUGGGGUCCUGUCUGCGGAGCUUGCCUUUGUAGACUGGGGUGAGGAAGAGAACAGAAAAACUUUCCUUGGGGUUGAGCCACCAAGCUCGAGAACUCUAAUGGGCCAAAGUGGGGCUUCUUCAUCAGUAGAACUGAGAUCGAUUGCGAUUACCAUGUUCUUUUGUUUUUUUGCUCGUGUUGAAGUAACACUUUUCAGAAAGCACACAUCAUGACUACCCCUGAAAUGGACACGCAUGGAUAUGUAGGCAUUCUCAUUAUCUUUGCCCUCCUGCCAGUUUGGGCCAACAGUAUGCAUACCCCCCCCCCCCCCCCCCACACAUUGCCCAUUUCAUCCCGUCUUUUACUUCUCCAGGGCCGGGCUGUCGUGCUGAAAGACUGUGCCGUUACGGUUUGUGUACCUGUCAAUCUACUUUAUUCUGUAAAAAUAUGAAAUAUUACACUAUUUAUUUGAAAUUGAGCAUCAAGCUGCAAGUGUACAAAAGACUUGGGAGGUGGUGGGGUGGGGGUAGUAAAUCAUUAUGGAGUCAAAGAGUCAUAUGACCUUAGAUACACGAGAAAAGUGUUUUAAGUGGUCGCUUCUUUGACCGCACCACAGAGAUGCAACCCAAAUAUGAAAACUUUUAGAAAGUUUUGGACCUGCAAUUACUUGUACUCUAACCGAAGAUUUAUCAUCUUCUACUACUGUACCUACUGUACGUGAUGCUUCAUUUUCCUGUUUGUUUGGAAGAGAAACUGAGAAACAUUUCACUUUGAAUCCAGUGUAAAUGCCUUACAUGUUUGUUGAAGAAUUUCUUUUCUGUUGUCGAUGGGAUGGAAUCAUGGGUAAAAGUAUUUUCCACAUCCAGUGCACGGUGUCAGUUGUGUACAGUUGAAAAUCCUUUGGUCUUGGUGUUGUAACAUUCUGUGUGACCAUACUGCUGACAUCCUAACGGUACUGUAUAUUAGAUGACGUUUUAUGAGGAUGUAAGCUGAGUUUUUUAAAUAAAUAUGGAACAAGGUU